UGUAUAAUUUUAAGCAUUGUCCAACCUUGAGUCAGCCGAUCAACGAUCUCUUCUUUUCAAGAAAAUAAAGCCAUAGCGUUUUGUAUAUCAUUCAUUGACUGGUUCGAUUGUUUAGUCAGAUGUUUUAAAUAAAUUACACAUGCUACUAGGUAAACAAACAUUCGGCAUUGGAACAACUCAAGCAAUUAGACAUUUAAGACAAUCGAAAAUCGUUUUCGAAUUUCUCAAAUUAACUGAGCAAUAAAAGAACACCAUUUUCACUUCAGUCCACCCACCCAUCUAGAAUGCAGCCGAAUGUUUUCAAAAUGCUUAAAUUCUUGUUUGACACAUUUUGACAUAAUGUUUUAAAAGCGAGACAGUUUCAGUGCCUAAUGAAUGAUUUAUUGAGUGGGCUUCGCUCCGAAAUUCGGAAAUAUUUAUUUCGCAUUAUAGGACUCGUUGUCUUAGCGACACUGGGCUUUACAAAUGUUUUGCCUCUUGGGGCCAGGGCCACUGCAACGUGUAGGUGUUUUAUUUGAAUUUGCCCCGAAUUUCGUUCGAUUUUCAUUUGCCCAAUGCUAAUGUACAAAUCGCAGAAUGCCCCCGAAGGGCAGCCAGGUAAUAUUUAUCUCCACCCGUGGUCGGAGGUAAACACGCACACGAAUCGUAUCUGCCGACAUGUCUAAUAGGAAAUUGGCCAGAAGCGGCUAACUAUUCGAGUUUCCCUCUGUUCCUCAGAUCUGGUGGUGUAGCGUAAUACUAGAACGCCCGGACUUGUAUAAAAUAAACAGGCAAAGGUACAAUAAAUUGAGGCAAACUUAUGUGUGUGUGUGUGUGUGUGAGUGCGCGAACAACAAAAGUACAAGAAAAUACAAAUAUCGAACACAAUGGAAACAAUAAUGUGCGAAACGAUUGGAAAUGCGCCACAGUCGCUGACGCUGUCUCCACCGACAUUGCCCUCUCUGUCUCUGUCUCAGUCUCAGUCUAUAUCUCUAUAUCUCUGGGCCAGUCCGGUCAGCGUCCGAUUCUCAGUCAGACGCAGCCGGCUAGCCGGAGGGCCAACAACAAGUCGCAGGCGCGAACAGGAAAUCGAUUGGAAUUAUCGAAAUAAUCGGUUCUGAUAUUCAAAUCGAGUCAGUGAUAAUUUUUUCUACUGCUUAAAAAGGCAGCGGGUUGGCUUGAAAUAGGAAAACCAAUCGAUUAUAAUUAUCGAAAUUAUCUUCCAAAAGUGUUAAAUUUCAUCAGUGGAAGGUGAUGGCACAUUUCGAAAGCCCAUCAGUUUCAGAUAUAGUUUUAUUGUGUCAAAAUCUGAGAAUUUAAAUAUUUAAAGUGUAGUAACAGCAUUAAGUUUCCGCAAAUACCUUCGUUUGGUAUCCAAACAGGUGACAAGUGUUAAAGUGCAAUGUGCUAAUUAUGUCACACGGGGCGUAUGCGUGCUGUUGAAAGCCAAUAGCAAGUAAAAGGCAAAGUAAAAGGCGCAACCGGGAAACAGAAAUUCAAAAAGAAGAAAGUGUCAACGGAAAAGGAAAAAGUCUAAACGGCCAUUCAAUACUUGUUGAAUUAUUAGCUGUGUGUGUUUGAGUGCGGCUGUGGAAAUAAAACAAAUGUCAACUGCCAAUGCCCCGAGAGUGUAAAGAAAGAGAUGUAAAGAAUAGAAUCCGAAUCGCUGGGGAAUCCAUGGAAAACGAAAAUGAAGUGUCAGCGAUUUGAGAUGAAAUUAUCAAUUGGCCAAGCUGCUGCUGAAAUGUGAUUUAUCCACCUGCCUGCGGGUGAGGUGUUCUGCGAGUGCUGUGUCAGGUGUGUGCGUGUAGACAACAAAGGGAAAUAAUGUCAUGCAUUGGCUCGACGGCAUUUCUUUGGAUGACAAUUUAAUUAGCGGACGCGCCAGCGGCAGCAACGGCGACAACAGCGACGGCAAUCAGCGGAAAUCAACGCAGUCGAGCUCAUCGCCCACCAAAGCAAAACGAAGACGUCAUGCACACUAUAAGCUAAACAGCAGAUUGGACAGAAAGUCAUCGCGGGGCAUGAUAUACGAAAAUGAAGAGCUCAGGCUGCGAACCAUUAACAUUAAUGCCGAAGUGGAACGAGGGCAAUCGGACAUCAAGCGCCUGCGGCGGGAAAAUGAGCAUCUGCGUCGGGAAAUCUGGACAUUGCGGGACGAGUGUGACAGACUUAACAAGCGGUUCAAGGCGAAGCUCAGCGAGCACGAGUUCGGCGGAUGCAGGGGCAGCGGGGGAAGUGGCGGCACCUGCCACGCCUACCGUUGCAGCGGCGGAGGCGGUGGGCGCGGGAGCGGAGGUUGUGAUGUAAACAGUGAUGACUCUGACUCAUGUGAUACGUGUCGCGGGGCAGACGACGGCCACUGCAGCGACGAGUGCUGCCAGGAGGGUGGAUCCUGUGCGCCGCUCAAGCCCCCACUUCCGCCGGAAGUGCCCAGCCACCCCUCUGCAUCCAAGAACGAGGAGGGAGGCAGCCAGAACAAGGAGCCACAGCCCAUGCACUUCGAUCACCUGUCAGUGGUCUCCGAGGAGACCCUGAGCAACCCGGAGAUGAUGCUCGUCCAGCAGCAGGAGCACCUCACGAUCUGCCCACCAGACCCCAACGGAUCGCAGAGCACGCUGCCGAGCAUGAUGGGUCCGCUCACCCCGCUCACGCCCAUCGAACUGGUGGCCAACCAGCUGAACGACCUGCAGGCGAUGGUGCCGCCAUUGUCCUACUUCGAGAACAUCCUGGCGCAGCAUAUGGGCGCUCGCAAUGCGGCCCAAACGCCCUCUCCGGAGUUGGGCACCAGUUCCAGCACUACCACGGGCCAGACGAUGCGCCACACGAACGGCUGGGACUACAACCUGCAGUCGCCCUUCACGCAGCGCAAGUACUCCGACCUUUCGUCGCCGUCCCGCUCGCCACCGCCACCUGUGAGCACGAUGACCACCUUCGUGCCCACGUCCACCCUGCAGACGAUGCCCAAGAUCGCCCUGAAUGCGCCGCCGCAUCAGCCGGACGGCGGCGACAUCGAGACAGUGGCCAUCACCACAAAUGCCGCGCAACUUGCGCUCAACAGUCCCAAACACUUCUUUGCGCCGAUCAAGCCGCGUUUGAAGCUCAACACCAAGCUGGCCAAUCAGGGACAGGACCUGGAGCAGGAUGAUCUUCCGCCGGGAUCUCCGCCGCCGCCCCUGCGAGACCCCCCGGAUAUUUUCGUGAACAACGCCCUGGCCACGCCCUACCAGCGACGGGUGUCGCCACAAGUAAGUCCUCGUCACCGGCGCUCCCCAGCUCAUUCGCAUUGCCACGCCCACAGCCACCAGCGCAGCCGCCAACGCCCACAGCCAGCCCACUGCUCCCUGCACCGGGCGGUGGUGGAUGUGGCGGCUGCCGUUGGUCUGGGGGAGGUGGGUCCGCAUCCGGGCACCAGUGUCCUGGACAUAUACACCGCUGCUCUGGCGGCAGCUGCGGCCGCCAGGUGCUCUCCGCUUCCGACGGCCAGAUGCGCGGAUCCCAUCUACGCCACAGCACAAAAGCCCGGCCAGAGCACGUGCAUCUCGGCCACGGCCUUCACACAGCCGGUGAUGACCAUUACCACCCAUUCCACAAAGACCACCACCUCGCCACUGAGAUUGGCCCACAAGGCCAAGGCCGUGGGCGAGGCCAAGAGGGUCGCCAAGUCCGUGGAGAACGUCAGUCAGACGGAUUCUGUCAACUUAGAGUCGAUCCUCAACGACAUCGAGACCAUUUCGGAGGACAUACUGGCCAUUCAGCUGGAGAAGAGCAAGUCGCGCGACAACCUGAGCCACAAUCAGAAUAACAAGGACGACGAUCGGGCGAAGAAGCCCUAUCGCUCCGAGAUGAAUCUAUAUCUGCAGUACGACGGCACAAAUCCGACCAUUUCACCUGCCACAACGGAAACGGAAAUCGGAACGGCUACUCCGGCGGUGACCACGUCCAGCGAGUCGGGAAACAGUGGGAGUGGUAAAUUAGUGCGACGCACCCGAUCCUUGGAGAGGGAGCACACCGACAGUCCUGCCCCGCACAUUCCGGACCCCAUGGCUCCGUUUCCCGACAAGUGCACCUAUCUGGGAUUCGAGCAGGUGAAUCAGGCAGCAGGAGGGGCCGGAGUGCCUCCUCCAUCACCGAAUGGCCAGAGGCCGCCCAUUGCAGCCAAGCCGAGUGUUCCACUUAAGCCACCGCCCCCGCUGCCCCCCGCCCGCAGGCCAACCAUGCCCACAGAACCACCGCCCCCGCCUCCAACCACUUCCGCUUCCGGCGUCAUCGGCCUGCCGCCCAACAAGAGUCACCUGUACAAGUCACUCGCCUCGGCGGCCGCCAAAAGGGCCAUUUUCCGCUCUUCGCCAUCGCAGUUGACCAGAUCCCUGGACGUGGAUCUCACGGGAUCCGAGGGGGAGGCGGGCGUGGAACUGGCAGCUGCUGGAAAUAUGGACGAGUUGGCGCGGCGAAAGGCGCGACGCGUGUCCAUCGUGUGUGGAUCCGGACAGGGGGGCCAGCAGGAUGAGGUGGCUCCGCCCGUGACCACCAUGCCCGUGGCCACCGCCAGUUGCGUGGACCUGAGCACCGUGCUCACUCACCCGAGCGUCAAGGCCUUCAAGAUGAGUCACAGCACCCCCAGUUCGCCGCAUUCCUCGCGUCGUCGCACCAAUAGCAACUCGAUGGGAGCGCCUCCGGCAGCGCCGGCGGGUGGUGGACACCCCGAGGUCGGGGCCACGGCCUCGGCACCGCCCAGCACCACCCACCAUCACCACCAUCGCAAGGAGGGCAGUGACCCGGUUCCCAUGACGGCCACUGUCAGUCGCACCAAGUGCUCCCGGCGGCACUCCGAGGGCACCGUUCACACAGUGCACCGGAACAGUUCCGCCAGCGGCGGAGGAGGAGGAGGAGGUGGCCACCACCACCACCACAGCCACCACCACCCGCACAGCGGGAUGGUGAUCAGCAGCAACCCGCACCACAGCCACCAUUCCCACCAGGACAGCAACCACGAGACGGUCACCUCGCUGUCCGAUCGCAACUCCAACAGCUUCGCCUCCUCGCGCGAAUCCUCCACGAGCUUCAGCAUGCGCUCCAAUCGCCGCAAGAUCUCGGUCAGUUCGCACACCGGCGGCAAGAUUCCGUGGUGCGGCUGCUGGGGCAACGGGUGCCUCUAGAUUCGGGAAGGGUAAUCUCAUCUACCGUCCAGGAAGAAACUCAGUGUAAUUCACUUAGCUGGCUGUUUUUAAAUCUCAAUAGUUUUCAUUCAACUUUAUAAUUAAUAAAGGACAACUUAGAUCGAAAAGUCAUAACGAAAUUCAAGUGUAAGCAUUUUAUUUUUCCGAAUAUUACUGACAGAGAUAACUUUAUGCAGUUUAAGAAAUGUAAGGAUCUCUGGAAAAUAAUAUAAUAAAAGAAGCUAAUUUUAUAGGCAUCAUAUUUGGAGAAACAAAUUGUUCGAUUGCUAGCAGACCAAAUUAAAAUUAUAAAUAAUUGUUUAACAAAAAAAGUUGUUUUCGCAACUCUGCUAAAAAUGAUUAAAUAAUUUUCAAAGGAAAUAGAAUUUGGACUUUUUUAACCAUUACUAUGAAUAACAAAUCGUUUUUAUAGUCACUAAUUUCAAUACUUUAAAUUAAUGAGUUUAAAGCUCAACUUAGCUGAAACGGUUUUAAAGUAUUACUUGUUAGAACCACUCAGGUUGUUUAUUUUGCUUUAUGUUAAUAUUGACUGCAGCUAAGUGAAAUUAUACUGUAUUCCAUUAAUAAGUGUACAUUUUUAGAUCAUCAACUAUCCAAUUUGUUUGUUUGUAUAUGGCUUAGUAAUUGAAGAAUGUUUAAGAAAACAACCCAGCAUUUGGUUUCCAAAAAGCAGGUACAAAAACCGUUUUUAAAAGUUAAAAAUUAAAUCAGCUUAAUCCGAUAUUUAUCCUUAACUUUGUUGUACAUACUUUUAAAGAAACGAUUAAGUUGUAGCAUUUAAAUGUUGGUCUCGAAAAAUAAGUCAUGUAAAUUGUAUAAUCAAACCUAUGUUUUUAGAGUUGUUGCUUAAUUCGGAAAGAAAACCAAAUCAGAAAUAUAAAAUAGAAAAUAAACCCUUCGUACUAACUGGA